AUGGGGAAUCUGCGGAAAGCCCUGGGGUACGGUGGCGGCGGAGGGUACGCGGGAUUCGAGGGGGAGAGUUCGGGAAUGGUGUUAAGUGGGGGGGAGGGGGUCGGAGGUCUGUAUGGUGAUUUCAGCGGCGGGAAUGGCGGCGGGAAUGGCGGCGAGAAUGACGCACGGCCGGAGCAGCCGCAGUGGGAGCACGUGUGCUGGACGUCGUCGGGAGACUACUCCUCCCCUUCGCCCCCCGGAGUCACCAUUCACGGGCGCGGCUGCGCCACGUGCAUCCGCGGGCAGCGCUGCUCGUUCCGCCUGUCCGUGCGCGCGCCCGCGCGAUGGGCGGAGGGGGUGCUGCAUGCGGGGAAGCGCGGGUGGUGGAAGCGCGACGUGACUGUUACCAUGCGCGGACCCGCCAUGGGCGCGGGGGACGUGAGAUGCCUUGACCCGCCGCGCUGCAGGGAGAUGCGAGUGACGUACCGGCUGUGGGAUGGAGGAGAGUACUUGGCUACGAUGCACAUAGGCUGCGCCAACCUGCAAUUCUCACCACUGUACUAUCAGCACCUCAACAAGACAGCUCAACACGACCUCGUCUCCUGGCCCCUCACCGUUCUGCCCCGCACUGCACCCAACUCCACCGCACACGCUCAGCAACCCCGCCUCUCCCUUCCUCAGCUCCAACCGCCAGCAGCACAGACAAACCCUCCCCCAGGCAGCCCGAGCCUAUCCCGAGCCUAUCCCGAACCAGACUCCGAGCUUCCCAGAAACCCCUGCGUGGGAGCCUCGGUCCAGGGUCGGUGGAGGAUGAGAAACGGUCUGUACCGCUGGGAACCGUUCUUCUGCGCGCACAAGGAGCUGCCUGCUAGCAGCUGGAUUGCUGCUCUGGAGCAGAGGAGCAUUCGGGAGAUCAGCAUUGUGGGGGACUCGCACCAGCGGUAUUUCACAGCGCACUUGUAUUAUCUGCUCACGGGACGGGCGGAUAUGGGAGUGAAGAAGUGGCGGGAUAAUCUGUUUUAUUCCGCAAAGGAUGAAGAGGGGAGGGAGCUGAAGAUCAACUUUUACUGGAUUGAUGGGAUCUACCGGAAUGGGGAGUUUGGGUGCAGUCAUCGUGGCGCCACAACCAAUCGGACGACUCAGUUCCCCAACAUCUCAUCCACUGCUGACGUCACCCUCUUUGAAGGAGGCUACUGGGGUGCGUCUUUCUGCAAGCAGCCUCUUAAAGCCCUCCGGGUGUACCUGCGGGAGUUUGUGCGCUGGGGCAUUUCCGCCGUUGCGCCCGGAAAAGGCCGGGUGGUUUUCCGCACUAUCCCCUCGUUUGCGGUGAGGUGGGGCUCGUGUAAUCGGUACAAUGGCCCGAGAACGAAUCGAGCGGGCAUGGCUGUGAACGCACUCUUGAAGCGAAUCGUGCACGGGGGAACCAGGAGAGGAAAAGGGCGCACAGGAGAGGGGGGAAGGAGGGGAAGAGGGGAGGGUGGAGGGGAAGGUGGAGGGGAGGGAGUGGCUUGGCAAGACCUGGACGAGAGCUUGCAACGGCUGCCUGGUGAAGAGUUGGAAAGAGGAUCUCAUGUGGGGGGAAAUGACGCGCUUCGAGAUUCAUCUGCUGAGGCGGCUCAAGGGAACUCGAGAGAAUCAAGAAAUACAGGUGACGCAGAUUCUUAUUCCGACUCUGAUUCUGGGUCAUUUGCCACACCAGCACAAGCAGCAGCAGCAGAAACAGCAGCACUGGCGGCUGAAAGUGCUGAAGGGGCGGCAGCAGGCGCAGCAGCAGACACAGCAGCAGACACAGCAGCAGGCGAGAAGCGGGCUGACACUGAAAUACCAACAGGAGCAGCCACAAUUCUGGACACGUGGCAAAUCGACGCACCUCGAUACCUUGACACGGCUAUUCCCGACGACCACCACUACUCGAACGUGGUUGCAACUGAUGACGGGGAUGCGGUGGUGGGGGAGGUGGGGGAGGCGCAUGUGAGGGCCUUCAUCCACUAUCUACUCUACAUCCUCCCUCCUCCUGACAAGUGA